AUGUUCUCUGUAGUUUGCUUUACUCGAUCUUCCUCUGGUCUCUCCUUCGACUUUUAUGCAGUUUCGUGUCCGUCUGCUGAAAUUAUGGUGAAAAAUUCAGUGAGAUCUGCCUCUUCUACGGACCCAACCAUCCCUGGAAAGCUUCUUCGUCUGUUUUUCCAUGACUGUUUUGUAGAGGGCUGUGAUGCAUCUAUAUUGUUACAAGGAAAUGAUACUGAAAGAAGUGAUCCAGCUAACAAAUCACUUGGAGCAUUUUCAGUAAUAGACUCGGCAAAAAGAGUUCUUGAAAUCUUUUGUCCAGGAGUAGUUUCUUGUGCUGAUAUUCUCGCAUUGGCCGCUCGAGACGCCGUUGAACUCACUGGGGGACCAAAUAUUCAGAUUCCAACAGGGAGGAGAGAUGGAAGGGUAUCUUUGGCUGCAAAUGUUAGACCAAAUAUAAUAGACACAAGUUUCACAUUGAAUCAAAUGGCUAACAUUUUUUCUGCUAAGGGUCUAUCCAUGGACGAUCUCGUUACCCUCUCAGGAGCUCACACAAUUGGAUCAGCACAUUGCAGGUCAUUUAGUGAUCGUUUCAAACUCGACUCAAACGGAAAAUUCAACCUCAUCGAUUCAUCGCUCGAUAAGGAAUAUGCAGCUGAAUUAACGAGAAUGUGUCCAGCAGGAGCUAGUGCUUCUGUUACCGUCAACAAUGAUCCAAACACACCUCUACUUUUCGACAACGAGUAUUAUAAGGAGUUGCUUGUUCACAAGGGUCUUUUCCAAUCAGAUUCUGCAUUGCUAAAUGAUGAAAGAACAAAGAAUAUAGUAUUAGACUUUGCAAAUAAUCAAGAAUUUUUUUUCGAGAGCUGGAUUCAAUCGUUUUUGAAACUCUCUAGCAUCGGAGUGAAGAGGAACGAUGAGGGAGAAAUCCGACAACUUUGUUCGAUGACUAAUGGAUGA